AUCCCUCCAAUCCUCAUCUGUUCCUCAUAGGAGCAGUGGAGAGAGUGAGUGACGGAGGAAUAGCACACUGUGUGUGACACCAAAAGUGAAUGAGCCGGAGAAAGUGUAGUGAAAAGGCAGGCUGAACUUAUGAUAACAACCGGAGAGAGAGCGCCGGAGGAACACUGACUCAAUAUCUACAAAACACCUCGAGAAGAGAGACUCCUUAUUGGGACGCACAUUCAAAUAGUGAUUCAGAGAGCGAAGGAGAGAUCGCUGCAGGGACAUAUACGAUAAGAUCAACGCAGGUAUUCCCUUCUACACAUUUAUAAGGUUCAUCAUCUUUCCUUCCAUCUCUACCUGUCUCCAUUGGUGACAGUGCCUAACAACAAUCGCCAUGGGUGAAAUGGAGCAAUUGCGAAAGGAGGCGGACAGUCUCAAAGACCAGAUCACUGCGGCCCGAAAGACGGUGCAGGACACAACUUUUCAAGAAGCAGCGGCCGGGAUCACCGUGGUGGGCCGAGUCCAGCUGAAGACCAGGAAAACACUAAGGGGUCACCUUGCCAAGAUCUACGCCAUGCACUGGGGCACUGACUCCACGCUGUGUGUCAGUGCCUCACAAGAUGGAAAACUCAUAGUGUGGGACAGCAUUACAACCAACAAGGUGAAUGCUAUCCCUCUCAAGUCCUCGUGGGUGAUGACUUGCGCCUAUGCACCUUCAGGGAACAUGGUGGCUUGUGGCGGUCUAGAUAACAUGUGCUCCAUCUAUAACCUCAAGGGCAAGGAUGGCAACGUAAAGGUCAUGCGUGAGCUGGCAGCACACACAGGUUACCUGUCCUGCUGUCGUUUCAUCAGCGACAGUGAGAUUAUCACCAGCUCUGGAGACUGCACUUGUGUACUAUGGGACAUUGAGACAGGGACCCAAAAGACCGUCUUCGCAGGACACCAGGGAGACUGCAUGUCUCUGGCUGUGUCCCCAGACUUCAAGUUUUUCAUCUCAGGAGCGUGCGACUUCACAGCCAAGCUGUGGGACAUCAGGGAGGCCACAUGCAGACAGACCUUUGGAGGCCAUGAGAGCGACAUCAAUGCAAUUGGGUUCUUCCCCAAUGGUAACGCAGUGAUCACAGGGUCAGACGAUGCCACCUGCAAGCUGUACGACCUGAGAGCAGACCAGGAGCUCAUCACCUACCAGGACUCCGGCAUCAUGUGCGGGGUGACCUCUCUGGCCCCGUCCCUGUCUGGACGCCUGCUUCUGGCCGGCUACGACGACUUCAACGUCAACAUCUGGGAUGCACUUAAAGCUGAGAGAGUUGGAGUACUUGCUGGUCAUGACAACAGAGUGAGCUGUAUCGGUGUGUCCUCCGACGGCAUGGCGUGUUGCACAGGAUCCUGGGACAGCUUCCUCAAGAUAUGGAACUGAGGCUGUUCCCCACCAGUGAGCAGAAAGAGAGCAGUAAACAUCCGCCUGGGAGAAAAGUGUAGAAGAUUUGUUUUAAAAGCAAUUGGAGUUUGAGUGAGGGAUGAGGAGCCACAUAGGGUGAGAGGAGGGUGUUUUAAUUGUGCCAAGUCCAUUCUAAUGUUGGAGAGAGGUUGUAAUGUGAAGAUUUUCUCCUCUCUCUGUCACAUCACGCUCUCACAUUAUAGGGGAAUUUGGGGGUGGGGGUCUUGGAAACGAUCAUUCCUCUUAAUAGAUUAUUAUAUUGCGGUUUAAAUUGAUAUUAUGCACAUUUAUUGCAGCAAUUCAGAGAUAACCCAAUGAGAACAGUUGCCAAAUGGAAAUGGUAGCACACUGGAUGGGAUAAAGUUGAAUAUGUGUCAAGUUACAGCCUGUGUAGGUUCACAUUAGCUAUGCUAACAUGUUGUGUUUUAUAUCAAAGCAUAAGUUAAGUUAUAUGAUACAAUAUGAGCAUUUUCUGAUUCAGACUGUUGUUUGUUGGUAGUUUUGGUAGAUCCCCUAGAUGCUUACAUUUACUUUCAUUUUUCUAAUUUUAAUUAAAAAGGAGUUAUAGUUUGCAGAUGUCUAAAAUAGUGUUUGAGUUGUUUUGUAUGUGAUUGAUGGACAAUAUUUAACAGGAUUUGAGGUGUCCUUAUUUGCCCCCAUCAGCCAGUAGCUAGACCUGAAAAGUGCUUCGGGUAAACUGUUGAACUGACAGAUGGGAUAAUAAAAUAGUUUUCAUGGUUCACCGAGCACUUACAUAGAAUGAUGACCCAUUUGUCUCUGAACAGGAGGAACUUUUGUUGUUUGAGUGCGGCUCAUACAAUCUAUUGUGUGCAUAUGAGAAAUACAUCUGAAUCUGGAUAGGAUCGCUUAACUUUUCCUCUGGUGGCAUGGUACAAGUUACUCUUGAAGGACAGUUUAUGUACAUACACACUCGCGCAAAUCCUUUCUAAGAUCUGACUGGGACUUGGACUGCCUCUUUUCCAACACUGGAUACACUCUGUCUAUAGUAAGACAAUACUACCGUUCUUAAAGACUGUCUAAUAAACAUACAAUUCUGCAGAACAA